AUGUACAUUCUCUGCAAAAGUACCUUGGUCUCGACAACGAAAAGUCCGCAAUCUCCGAAACGUGUAUCGCUACGACAGGGAACGAAUGAACUUGAUGAACAUAGCGCAAGCGGCUCACAACCAGUGGGCCAUAAUGAAGAGAUAGGCAAUUUUCAAAAUUCGGUCUUGCGGACAACGGUGUCGAGUGGAAAUGAUGCACUGAAUAUUCUUUCCGAAGUGGCUACGUGUACGGAGCCGGUCUCCAACUUUCCUUCAACUUCGGAGCCAGUCCUGAAUGGUCUCGCGUCCGUUCCUGGCGCGGAAGCGUCACCAGGUUCCUUGCAGCAGUCUACGCCACAGCUAAGCAGCAUUGGCUCUAUAGACUAUGAGAUCUCGCGUAUCUGGAACGCUUGUCGAUUUGUGAAAAUGGGCUGGUUUACAGCUCAUGAGGCAAUGACUUUGGUUGAUCUCUUUUUCAUAAACAUGUCAAAUCGAUCACCUAUUCUGACGAACUAUUACGCUUCUCACGCGAAUCAAUACUGGCUCGUUACACGGGAGCCCAUACUGUGCUGCACUAUACUUGCUAUUUCAUCUCAAUACCAUGUUCUGCCAGGGCCAGGAGGCCAAGAGAAAGCAACCAAAGCGAAGACGAGAAAUGUCGGUACCAUUGAAGCCCUGUUACUGAUUGUCGAAUGGUACCCGCUAUCUGUGCACUUUACUCUAGACAGCGACGGUUGGGAUUCCGACCUGUUGCUGACAAUGCCUGAUACUCGUGAUCCGCCACUUAGUCAUGAAAUCCCGGCUCUGGAACGUUGGAAAAGGGACGUAAUUGAACCGACAAAGAGGUCGGAGCAAAUGUCUUGGAUGGUUCUUAGUUCCGCACUGGCGUUGUCUCAUGAAGUAGGAAUAUUUGACAGAAAAGCUUCUUCCUCGGGAAAAAAUAUGGGUGUUUCUGAAGCUGCCAAGCCGGACGCUGAGGCACAUACAGAGCACUUGAAGAUACGCCGCGAAAGACUUCCGAAGCUCUUGUAUUGUUUCAUAAAUCUGAUGUCUUCUCGAUUAGGAUGCACCUCAUUUAUGUGUCCGGUAUCUGCCGUCACGCUGUUAGAGGUUGAUAAAGCUCUCGGCACGGAUCACGAUCCGCAGUGGCAAUCGUUUAUGAAUUGCUGGGUGGAAUUGACCCAGCUGACAAAGAGUAUCACCGAUACAUUGUUUCCAUUGAUGACUGCCGACGAUGAUGAAAAAUUCCACAACUGUCUCCAGGAGAAACGGCAACUGCUGUCACACUGGUAUACCACGGUUGAUUUUUGUAACUGCCACUACGGAGACAUUUUAUUCAUCGAAUAUCAGCAUCUCCGUGUCCUUACCAGCUCUACCGGAAUGCAGCGGGUCAUCACGCAUUACUCUCGGUCCCAACUUGUCCAUAAUUCCAGAUCCAUAUUUUCUGCACGACCAUUUCAGUCAGACUACGAGUAUAAUCUAGUUGAAGAAGUAAUCGAUGGUUGCUGCCAUAUUAUAGACAAGAUCAUACGCAAGACCGAAUCAGGCACAGAUAACAGUCUGCAUUACGCCCCCAUCCGCAUGUUUUCACGCAUGAUCAGCGCCUCAAUCUUCCUCCUCAAGGCUCUUGCACUAGGAGUGCGGAAAACAAAGUUAACUGAAUCGCUUCACGUCCUUGAAAUGGCAAUCUUGGCACUACAAAACAGCAACCUGGAUGAUAUACAUCUAGCUGCACAGUAUGGAGAGCUGCUGAAGAUCCAAGUUGAUCGUCUGCGCAGAAGUUUCGAGUCUUUUGGAACGCCGCAUUUACAUGGCAAGGGAUCAGCAAAGCACUGCAGAGAGGAACAGUAUCGACCCAGUCGUGAACUGUGGCAGUCCAAUCCACAACUCCCAGAAAAUCAACUAGAGUCGCCGCCUUCGUACAACACUCCUCGUCCGUCUAAUGAAGAGGCUCCACUAAAUGACCAGCAUUACUAUUCCAGUAAUCAGUGGAAGGAGACUGCUAAUCUUGAUCAUCUAGACGCUACUAAUGCAGUGACAACAAAUAUUAAUACUUGGAAUAGUAGUAUAGAUGACUGGUUUUCGCUCCCAUUUGAUCCGUCAAUGGCUCCAUUCACGGGUUGGGAUGACGAUGAUUCCUUGGAUCCUUAUAAUCCAUGCUGGUUAGAUGUAGAUUUCAUUUGGAAUCUGCCUCCUUGA